AUGGCGGCAUCAGGAGGAGCCCUCUCUCCUCCCGCUCCUGUAGCCUCUCCUCCGGCUGUACCAGGCCCAAACAUCCAGACUUCGGCAAAGGCGCGGUUCCCCGGGCGGCCCGGCCCUGCUCGCGUUCGGCUGCGGGCGGAGAAACGCACCAAACGCGGACGACUGGGCUCCGAGGACGGGGAGCAGGCUCCGGGGCCCAGGCCCCUGAACCUCGGACUGGCGUUUGGCGAAGACCCGUGUUUGCUGCGUCUGCUCGGGGUCAGUGAGAGACACGGCCGGCAGAAGGAUGCAGGCUUCGUCUCCAGCAGCAGUGAAGGGGAAGAAGAUUUCUCUGGAUUUGGGACCACAACUUUACUGCACUCACCUCUCCGUCAAUCCCAAUCCCCUCCUUCUGCCGACAUGUCUCCGGGAACAAAGCUCCUUCUUGGGAAAAUUGUGCAGAAAACACAAAAACCUGCAGUUAUCGCUGCCACUGAGAUGAUGCUUGAAGUGCCAGCCAUAGAAGGUGAGGUAACGGUGGCCCCCUCCACAGACGGGGCGGAGGCGACCGGAACAGGCCAAAGGUUUGGUCUCAGUGGCGCCAACAAGAGGAUGCUCCAGAGGAUGCUCAGGAAAGCCAAAGUACAGCUCAUCAAGAUCGACCAACAGAAACAGCUCAAAAUUACACAGGAGUCGAUGAUGGCGGCAGGGGGCAGAAGGCAAAGAAGAAAACGAGGCCUCCACUCGAAACAACGCAAACCUCAGGAGCAAGCCCUGCCUGGUCCUAGGAUUAAACACGUGUGUCGGGCGGCGGCUGUGGCUUUGGGGCAGCCGCGUGCAAUGGUACCAGACGACAUCCCCAGACUCAGCGCUCUCCCGAUGCACGAGAGGGAAGGCAUCUCCUUUUCCCCCACCCUUGAAGACGCUGUUGAAGACGAACUGUCCGACCCGGAUACUUCUCUGUGGGAGCCCUCACAUGAACACGUCUUGCACAAAAGACGGAACAAGAAGAAGUUUCGGAGGUCCCUGUCCAGCCACAACCAUGCGGGCGGCCGGCGGUCGCGGCGCUGUGGGGACUGUGACGGCUGCAUGAUAGAGGAAGAUUGUUCCAAGUGCGCCAUGUGUCUCGACAAACCCAAAUUUGGAGGAUCUAACGUCAAAAAGCAGUGCUGCAUAUACAGAAGAUGUGAGCGCAUCGAAAGGGCUAAACUUGAGCGUGUUCUAAAACCAUAUAAAAUUAGAUCAGAAGAAUAUGGUGCUUCAUUGGCUCCUUUUGCGCCGAGUGAAGAUAGAAAGAAAUCUCAGCGAAACGUCAAACGGCGGUCGUACAGCAGCCUCCUGUUGGGCGGCGGCGACGACGACGACCCUGGAAACGAGGAGAACAAAAACAAGCCCGUGAACAAGACCGGUGCCAGGAGCCAAGGCCUCUCUUCUCAAGACGGCGAGUUGGUGUCAGGCACAGAACCUGGGAAGCAUCGGCGAAUCUUCUCUAAAGGAUUCAAACCUCGUUCUAACAAGGAACAACCAGAGAAAAGCGCCGAAGAGAUGGAGAGCAGUUUACCACUACCUGACCAGAGCCCACCCAGAAGCCCCCUGCCGAAACUGCAAAUACACUUGUACCGGUUGCCUGAUUCUGUCCUGCAAGCCAACACCCAGGCCAUUCCCAAACUUUGUUGUCCCGCGUCCCCAAAAUGCAAAGACCAAAAACCCUUGAAUGUGAAAGACGCUUCUCCAAACACGGAUGCACCUUUCCCGUCCCGAUCGUUGAACCCCGAGCCUGAGCCGUCAAAGGGAGCGCUCACGGAUCCAAAGGACACUCACGCAGACGGAGCCAAAGAAGACGGAGGCGUGUUUUUAGGAAAGGAGAUAGUUGUGAUGAACUGUCACAACACUGACACACACUAUUUCCUUCGUCCCCAGAAUCCAGAGUACGCCUCCUUGAACGGGACGGGGUUAACUAACGGAUUUUCCCUAAAAGGAUUGUUGCAGACCAAGUACAAGAUUCGGGUCGACUUCAAGGAGGACUGUGCUCUGGAGAAUGUGUGGCUGAUGGGAGGCCUCAGUGUCCUGUCCUCGCUCCCAAAUACACCUCAGCCCGUCUGUCUGCUCUGUGCCAGUCAAGGACAACACGAGAUGCUCUACUGCCAGAUCUGCUGCGAACCUUUCCACAGCUUUUGUCUAUUGCCUGAAGAGCGCCCAGAGGAGGAGAACAAGGAGAAUUGGUGCUGCCGGCGCUGCAAGUUUUGUCACGUUUGUGGACGAAAAAGCAAAUCCUCAAAGCCUGUGUUGCAGUGCAGACGCUGCCAAACCUCCUACCACCCUUCAUGUUUAGGGCCAACCUACCCCAAGCCUUUGAACUGCGACGUGCCCUGGAUCUGCAUGACUUGUAUAAGAUGUCGAAGUUGUGGCGUGACCCGAGGGAAGACCUGGGACUUGGCCUGGAACCAAAAACAGGAUCUGUGUCCGGACUGUACUACACUGUUUGAGAAAGGAAACUUUUGCACUAUCUGUAAAAAAUGCUAUGAAGACAACAGCCAACAUGAACAGAUACAGUGUUCAAAGUGCAACCACUGGAUUCAUGCCAAAUGUGAAGGGAUUUCAGAGGAGAUGUUUGAGUUGUUCUCGAGCCUUUCCGAGGAGAUGCCGUUCACCUGUUCGCCCUGUUGUGCACCGGAGCCCAGCGGCCUGAAGGGGGAGCUCCAGAGCAGACUCACGGCUCAGCUCCAGGAGGUGAUCACAGACCUCCUCUCGUCCAGCGCCACCCAGCAUCUCCUGAUCUGUAAACGGUGCUGUGAAUCCAAACUCCCAGAGAGCAACAGUGAACAUGUCGUCUGUGAUCUUCAAGCGAUAGAGAUGAAGUUCAAAUCUGCCCUUUAUGACUCCGUGAAAAACUUCCAUGUCGACGUGGCUUCUGUUUUGAGAAACUGGCAAAAGGAGGAAGAGACCCUGCCUGAGGAUCAAAGGCGAACAAACUCUGCCAAAGACCAUUAUGUCAAAUUGAUGCAGCGGAUUUUCGUCUGGUUUCCUUCUAGUCAUUUCAAAACCUACAACUUGUUUUCAGAAGAAUUUCCCAGUGGUAUGCUAGCAGAGGCCGUCCUCCCGCCCUCCAAAGAGCACAGCUAUGCACAGUGGAUGGAGAGGGCCUACCAGCAGAGGGCGCCACUCUCCAACCUGUCCAGCCUGGCUCUUCAAACACGCAGUUUUGUGCACGAUCAUGAGUACAACAAGGCAAAAGACGGGAGGCAGUGUUCGCUCUGUCAGCAACUCGGCGACGCUGCUCCAAGUGACCAAGGCCGGCUGCUGUACAUGGGGCAGAAUGAGUGGGCUCAUGUGAACUGCUGCCUCUGGUCUGCGGAGGUCUACGAAGACAAUGGUGCUCUGCUGCAGGUGCACAGUGCCGUCUCCCGGGGGCGCCACCUGCGCUGUGAUCGCUGUGGUCAGUCAGGAGCGACCGUGGGCUGCUGCCUGGUCUCCUGUCAAAGCAACUUCCACUUCAUGUGCGCACGGAGCGAAAACUGCGUCUUUCAGCACGACCGCAACGUAUACUGCAACAAGCACCGGGAUCUCAUCAGCGACAAAGUGGUGGUGGAGUUUGAGGUUCCUCGCAGAGUCUACGUGGACUUCCAGGGUAUCAAUCUCAGACGGAAGUUUCUGACAGGCCUCGAUCCAGAGACUAUCAACAUGUCGAUUGGCUCACUCCAAAUCCACAAACUGGGGGUUUUAACAGAACUCUCCUCAAAUGGAAGGGCCUUGUACCCUGUUGGAUAUCAAUGUUCUCGGCUGUAUUGGAGCACAGUGGACCCGCGGCGGCGAUGUAAGUACACGUGUAAAGUGACGGAGGUGAGCACGCCGCUGCCCGGGGAAGAGCAGGACGCAAAGUAUGACCAAGGAGAAAACCACACCAUCGUCCACAGCCCCAAACAUCACAGAGAUUUGGAGUCUAUGGAGUGUGAGAGAAUCCCAGUGAGUCCUGUCAAGUCCAAUACGCCAUCUCCCAAAACGCACAACACAUCUGGAUCCAAGAGUCCGAUUUAUCCACUCGCACGGAGACCAGCCGUAGGGUCGUCCAGGCCGCUGCCAUCUCCAGGGACAGCACCACCCAAACCCCAUCACAUCGUGACGCUCCGAGACCUGGAGGACACACGCCGCACUCGCCGUCUCUCGUCCAGGAGCCGCUGUAGCUCCUCCCCCUCAGAACCAGACCCCCCCGCCCCUGCGUCCCUUCGCUCCGGCAGCGUGAGAACUUCCCUCUUCAGCUCCCCUCCACGUUCCGCUGCCGUGGGCCCCCUCUCGCCUCCUCUGUCUCGGCAAAACUCUACCUCACCAGUGUGGGGCUCUCCGACCACCUCCGGGUUCUCCCCUCAUCGCGGAUCGGUCAGCAACUCUCCAAAAGGAAGGCAAAGCUUUAAAAUCACCACGCCAAUUUCCGCAGAGGUUCCGCAAGACUUUCUGGCGUCAUCGGAGGCGGAAGAAGCGGCGGUCGCGACUACAAAUGGGAUUUCGCUUGCCCCUGAGAAUUUAGAGGAGGAAGUGGCUCAAUUAAUGGCCCAAGAACUGCCCUAUACAGUGUUUGACGCAGACGUAACCGUAGACCAGAUGCUAAAUGCUAAGCUCGAAUUUGACGACAACUUGUUAUCAGAAAAUAUUGCGUUUGGUUGUCAUACGAAUAAGGGAGAAAGUGAGAUUGUCAAUGUGGAUAACUGUAAGCAGGAAAAUGAACCUGAAGAGGAUGAAUCUAGCCAUUACUUAAAGUUUUCUCGAACUGUUGUGGAUGUGCCUGCUAGCUCAAACACCCCCAGUCUUACUCCAGCUCAAUCCAUCAUGCAGCUAGACGGCGCUGACGGAGAGUCGGACAGCGAUGAUAGUGAAAUCGUAGAGAAACAGACCCAAUCUGUAGCUCUCAAACAACUCGAAUCAAUCUGCAGUGGACAAAGCACUCAAAUUCCUAGUUCCUCUUCUGAUUUGGAUAAGCCUUUCCUUCUCGAUGCGGAAACGGGACAUUUUACAUCUCCAUCUGGGACCGUAAUCAACCCAAAAAACAAAACCGAAGAUGAUUUUGACAGUAGCAGCAGCAGCAGCUCGUCAGACGAAUCCGCGGAAGGGUUUAAAGACGAUUUGAACGAUCCUGAUUAUGAUCCCGAUUACGCUCCUGAGCUUUCUUCACCCAAAAAAACCCCACCCCAAGUGAAACCUGUUCUAGUAAAGCGGCAUAUACCUGCGCCUAUGCCUACUCCUACACCCAUUCCCAGAAAAAUAAACCUUGUUGUGCCACAGCAGCACAAAGUCAGGCUCGUGCUGCCGUCUCAGGCCGUCGGAACUACCCCAGGAGUGGCUAAAGCAGCGACGCACAGCACAGUCCCACGCACCGUCACUUCGCCAAUUGUCAUCAACGGGCUCAACGCGUUACCCAUUCAACCGGGAGCACCGCGCGGCCGCUCCAUCGCUAUCCGUUUGAACAACACAAAACCAGCAGGUCAACAGCCAGGUGCACCUAAUCAAGCGGCUACGGCUAAUGCUGCUGCCGUCAAUCCCACUCCUCAGGUCUUACUGGUCAAUCGGCAAGGACAGAUUCUCAUAAAAGAUCCCAGAAGUAAUACAUAUCAAGCCGUCAGCACGAACUCUCCAGCGUACAACAAGAUAAGCCAGAUCGCAAAGCUUCUCCACUCUGGGAAUCCGUUACAACGCAACCUCUCCCGUGUAUUAGUGAGGCCAUCUAUCCCAUCCACUUCGGAAACCUCCAGCCAGGGUUCAGCACUAUGCCCACAGACUUCCACAGCACACGUUAGCUCUGCCGCUAGCAUUAGCCUGCCCACGCCUGCGCCAUCGGUCUCUGCUUCAGGCCCAGCCGCUCUGACUCUUCCUGCCUCGGUCACUGUUCCAUCAGCCCUGGAAGGCCAAACAUCGGUAACCCAAAAGAGGAUAGUUUUUCGAAUGGUGAAAACCGUUCCUGCUUCUUUUCCAGCCACGUCUCCCGCUCCCAUCAAAGCUCCCGAACCUCCUCUCACUCCCAAAGAAGACGACGACGCCAUGGCCCAAACCAUCAUUGACAAAGCAGUGGCGUCCCAUCGCGUAGUGGAAAGGACUAAACCUAUUAUUAUCAGAAAAGGUGCUCGCAAACCCAAAAACCCUCUUGCAGAGCUUCUUGACACAGACCAAAAGAGUUCCCCCACAGACACGCCCCCACACGCCUUCUCACGCAACCAGGGCCGGGUCAAGAGGGUCUCGUCUCAGUCUGAAAAGUCGAGCAGGAAGAAGUCAAAGGUGGAUUAUUUGGUAGAUGCCAGUGAUCCGGAUGAUUCUGACAGCAAAUCCAGCGGCGUUCGAAUGAAAGCUCCAUCAAUGAAGGAUGUUCUGGAUUUGGACGAGGAAAAUAAAAUCGACCCUCUGAAAGUCGUGACUCCACCAGCUCCGAGACUCUGCAGGUAUCCCAGAGCCGACGUGCUCCCAGCCAACAUCGACGGCAAAACACACAAGUGGGUGAGCUCUCGACACGGGGAUCUCUCGGAGUGGGGCCCUUAUUCAGGAGUGAGUUCAGAAGACGAGUGGUAUGCUCUGAAAUUCAGAAAGAAGACGUGCAUGAACCAACCACAUCUGAGAUUUGAAAUCACCAGCGACGACGGCUUCAGUGUCAAAGCCAACAGUAUAGAAGUGGCGUGGCGAGCGGUGAUUGACGGCGUGUUGGAGGCGCGUGCGGACUUUCACCUGAAGCAGUUGCCUCUGGGCGGGAUGAACGGGCCCCGCGUGAUGGGAAUCCUCCACGACGCCGUCCUCUUCAUCCUGGAGCAGCUGCACGGAGCCGCCGACUGCAAACAGCAUCGCUUCAGGUUCCACCGCUGCGAGAACUUGGAGGAAGAACUGCCCCUCAACCCCAGCGGCUGCACUCGCUCCGAAGUCUACACAAGAAAAGCCACCUUCGACAUGUUUAACUUCCUGGCGUCGCAGCACAGAGCUCUGCCUGAGAUCGUCGGUCCCUUUGAGGAGGAGGACGACGACAUCCCCCUCAAAUCCUCCAGACGCUUCACCAGCACCGAGCUGCCGAUGGCCAUGAGGUUCAGACACCUGGAGAAGAUCUCCAAAGAGGCUGUUGGAGUUUACAGAUCUGCCAUUCACGGACGAGGCCUUUUCUGUAAACGGAACAUUGAGGCUGGAGAGAUGGUUAUAGAAUACGCUGGAGCCGUCAUUCGAGCUGUUCUCACCGAUAAAAGGGAAAAAUAUUAUGACAGCAAGGGCAUCGGCUGCUACAUGUUCCGCAUCGACGACUUCGACGUUGUGGACGCCACGAUGCAGGGGAACGCGGCGCGCUUCAUCAACCACUCGUGCGAACCCAACUGCUACUCGCGCGUCAUCAACGUGGACGGACGCAAGCACAUCGUCAUCUUCGCCCUGAGGAAGAUCUACCGAGGGGAAGAGCUCACCUACGAUUACAAGUUCCCCAUCGAGGACGCGGACAGCAAACUGCACUGCAACUGUGGCACCCGCAAGUGCCGCCGCUUCCUCAACUGA